GCUGCGCUCAGCCACAAGGGAAAGUGGAUCUCGGCGCGCCAGAGAGGCGCUGUCUCUUUAAGAGGAUGCCAAAGCCGAUUACAUCUGCUUUCAACAGUGAUUCUGUCUCACCGUCUGCCCACUACUAUUGCUUAUUUUGCCGUACUGUAUGAGCUAAACGCGUUGACAGACACGGUUGUUCGUCGGGGUUAAAACUUUUCUUCAGGCCAGAAUGGAUUGGGCUCCGAACUCGUUUGGAUGAGUCGCUUAUGGGCAGUGCGCUUCAGCUCGGCAACUUUCCCGUGCGCAUUUCUCCAAACAUCCUAGGUGGAAAGUUAAAAUCACAUGGGAUAUGGUGACAAACAAGUGAAUACACAUUAAACCAAGACGGAAAAUGCAGAAGAGUGUUCGGUACAAUGAGGGACACGCUCUGUAUCUCUCCGUUGUCGCGCGUAAAGAGGGCACCAAGCGAGGUUAUCUCAGCAAGAAGACCACAGAAAACAGUAAAUGGCAUGAGAAGUUUUUUGCACUUUAUCAGAAUGUUUUAUUUUACUUCGACACCGACCAGAGUGCUCGACCAUCAGGGAUUUAUCUUCUGGAAGGAUGCACAUGUGAACGAGUCCCUGCGCUCAAGGUGUCCACUGUUGGCAAAGACGCACUUGACAAGCUGCAUUAUUUCCUUGUCGUCUUCGGGCAUGAUGGACAGAAGCCUCUGGAACUGCGGACAGAGGAGGAGUCAGACUGUGAUGAAUGGGUGGAGGCCAUCCAGCAGGCCAGUUACUCUGACAUCAUCAUCGAGCGUGAGGUUCUUAUGCAGAAGUACAUCCACCUGGUGCAGAUUGUGGAGACAGAGAAGGUGGCAGCCAAUCAGCUCCGCACACAACUGGAAGACCAAGACACAGAGAUUGAGAGGCUUAAAUCUGAGAUUAUAGCCUUGAACAAAACUAAGGAAAGGAUGCGCCCCUACCACGUAUACCAAGAAGAGGAAGAUCCUGAUAUAAAAAAAAUCAAAAAGGUCCAGAGCUUCAUGCGAGGGUGGCUGUGUAGAAGGAAAUGGAAGAUUAUUGUGCAGGACUACAUCUGUUCUCCUCAUGCUGAGAGCAUGCGGAAGAGGAACCAGAUCGUCUUCAACAUGGUGGAGGCUGAGACAGAGUAUGUCCAUCAGCUUUCCAUCCUGGUCAACUGCUUCCUGAGGCCACUCAGAAUGGCCGCCAGCUCCAAGAAACCACCCAUUAGCCACGAUGAUGUCAGUAGCAUCUUCCUUAACAGUGAAACAAUCAUGUUUCUACAUGAAAUAUUCCAUCAGGGAUUGAAGGCGAGGAUAGCAAACUGGCCCACACUGGUUCUAGCGGAUCUCUUUGAUAUCUUGCUGCCAAUGCUGAACAUCUAUCAGGAGUUUGUGAGGAACCACCAGUACAGUCUUCAGGUUCUGGCCAACUGUAAGCAGAACCGGGACUUUGACAAACUCCUGAAGCAAUACGAAUCAAACGCUGCAUGUGAAGGGAGGAUGCUGGAAACCUUCCUCACAUACCCCAUGUUUCAGAUCCCUCGUUAUAUCAUCACUCUCCAUGAGCUACUGGCUCAUACACCUCAUGAGCAUGUGGAAAGGAAAAGUCUAGAGUUUGCCAAGUCUAAACUGGAGGAACUCUCCAGGGUGAUGCACGAUGAAGUGAGUGACACAGAAAACAUCCGUAAGAACCUGGCUAUUGAGCGCAUGAUCGUGGAGGGCUGUGACAUCCUCCUUGACACCAGCCAGACGUUUGUGAGACAAGGCUCUUUGAUCCAGUUGCCCUCAGUGGAGAGAGGGAAACUCAGUAAGGUGCGCCUAGGCUCUCUCUCACUCAAAAAGGAAGGGGAGAGACAGUGCUUCCUCUUCACCAAGCACUUCCUUAUCUGCACACGCAGCUCAGGAGGCAAACUUCACCUGCUCAAACAAGGUGGUGUGCUGUCCCUGAUUGAGUGCACUCUCAUUGAGGAGCCUGACGCUAACGACGAAGACGCUAAGAAUUCAGGGCAGGUGUUUGGUCACUUGGACUUUAAGAUUGUGGUAGAGCCCUCAGAUGCUCCUGCCUUCACUGUGGUGCUGCUGGCACCGUCCCGUCAGGAGAAAGCGGCCUGGACCAGCGACAUCAGCCAGUGCAUCGAUAACAUCCGCUGUAAUGGACUGAUGACCAGCGUGUUUGAGGAGAACUCAAAAGUCACAGUGCCACACAUGAUCAAAUCUGAUGCGCGUCUCCAUAAAGAUGAUGUUGACAUUUGCUUCAGUAAGACGCUCAACUCCUGCAAGGUUCCUCAGAUCCGCUACGCCAGCGUGGAGAGACUGCUGGAGAGGCUGACCGACCUGCGCUUCCUCUCCAUAGACUUCCUCAACACAUUCCUGCACACCUACCGAAUCUUCACCACCGCCACCGUGGUCAUGGAGAAACUGGCUGACAUCUACAAGAAGCCUUUUACAUCCAUACCAGUCAGGGUCCAGUAUCACUCAUUUGACCGCUUGUCCAUUACAUCCAUCUGCCCAGACUACAGCCUGAAGAUCAGGAAGAUAGCACUGGAUCAGUCAAAAUCCCUGGAGCUUUUCUUCGCCACCAACCAGAACAACCGCAGCGGGGACCACGUAAAUGACAAAUCCCCCAGACUGUGUCGCAAGUUCUCAUCUCCUCCACCUCUCUCCAUCCCCUCCCGCACUUCCUCUCCGGUUCGCACCAGGAAACUUUCUCUUAAUUCUCCUAUUGGGUCAAAAGUAGGCAUCCUGGAUCUGUCCACGACCUCGUCAUCUGCAGCCAGUAGUCCAACCUCUGCCAAUCCCACCAUCUCACCCCCACCGUCCAACAACAACAACAAGCCCCCUUUGGAUCUUAGCCGUGGACAAAGUCCAUCCUCCCCCGAACAGAGCCCUGGAGCUCCGGAUGAGAAUGCAGAGGUGCCGCGAAUCGAUGCUCUCUGCGGUAAACUGCGUCGCAGCAUUAGGAGAGCUGUGUUGGAGUCAGUGUCUUUGGACAAAUUUAUUCCAGAGUCGCCACAAGGCAGUGAACCAGGAGAAAUCUCUCCCUGCCGCUCACCCUCCACUCCACGCCACCUCCGCUACAGACAGUCAGGAGUCCAGUCAGCUGAGAACUCACGCUGCUCCGUUUCUCCAGCCUCUGCGUUUGCUAUCGCCACAGCAGCAGCUGGACACAGCAGCCCUCCAGUUUUUAACAAUUCUGAGCGGACUUGUGACAAGGAGUUCAUUAUACGUCGUGCGGCUACCAACAGAGUCCUGAAUGUCCUGCGCCAUUGGGUCUCCAAACACUCACAGGACUUUGAAAUGAAUGGAGAGCUGAAGAUGGGUGUGAUCUGCCUGCUAGAGGAGGUGUUGAGAGACCCUGACCUUCUUCCUCAGGAGAGGAAAGCCACAGCAAACAUACUAAGUGCCCUUUCUCAAGAUGACCAGGACGAUGCCCAGCUGAAGAUUGAAGACAUUCUUCAGAUGGCUGAAUGCCCAAAGACUGAGUGUUUUGAGUCUCUGUCAGCGAUGGAGCUAGCUGAACAAAUCACUCUUCUCGAUCACAUAGUCUUCAGGAGCAUUCCAUAUGAGGAGUUCCUGGGCCAAGGAUGGAUGAAGACAGACAAGACAGAGAGAACUCCAUACAUCAUGAAGACAAGUCAGCACUUCAAUGAUAUGAGUAAUCUCGUGGCCUCUCAGAUCAUGAGCCACACAGAUGUGGGCUCUAGAGCCAGCUCUAUUGAAAAAUGGGUAGCAGUGGCUGAUAUUUGUCGCUGUCUCAACAAUUAUAAUGGUGUCUUGGAGAUCACGUCUGCCCUGAACCGGAGCGCCAUCUACAGGCUAAAGAAGACUUGGGCUAAAGUGUGCAAACAGACUAAAGCACUAAUGGACAAACUUCAAAAGACUGUGUCAUCUGAGGGAAGGUUUAAAAACCUGAGGGAAACUCUAAAAAACUGUAAUCCACCUUGUGUUCCAUAUCUGGGUAUGUACUUGACAGACCUCGCAUUUAUCGAAGAGGGAACACCAAACUUCACAGAGGAAGGUCUGGUUAACUUCUCAAAGAUGAGAAUGAUAUCUCAUAUCAUACGAGAGAUCCGACAGUUCCAGCAAACUCCCUACAGAAUUGAGCACCAACCAAAGGUCACACAGUAUCUUCUGGAUAAGACCUUGAUUAUGGAUGAAGACACACUGUAUGACUUGUCUCUCAAGAUUGAACCCAGGCUUCCUGCAUGAACUACAACCUCAGUACCUGGCAGCUUGCAUCUAGAUGUGCUUCUCACUCUUGGGAUGUUUUGAAGGCAUGAAGCAUGUCUAUUGUUUGAGAAAGAGGGAUGUUAGGGAGGAAGGAAAAUUUUCCAUUUGAAGUAAAAGUAGAGAGUCCAGGUUUGGAGGAGAGUAUUGAACAGUGCUCACCACCAUAAUGUCCCCUGAAGGGUGACUUUUAUCAUGGAAGGAAUGAAGGAUGAAAACUGGCCACUGUCAGAGGUCAGGAGUCAUGAGUGAGUUUCAGGGUCGAGCAGAUGGAUUCAGUCUAAAUUGUGAAGAGAGUGGUUGAAGAUAUGUAGCAUGUACAGAAGUAGAGCUAUUAGCCAGAUCUUAUGUAGUGUAUUGUGGCCUCCCUGGGCCUGUGGCCCUUGGCACAUCCCCUCAUUGGUAAUGGUAGUGACUUUGUGCAUGAACUAGACUGUGGGUUUGCUGUGUGCUUUGCCUCAACUUUACACUCCAUGUGCUCUCCUAUCUGCCAACAGCUGGAUAAACUGAACCAAAAUGCCACAUGAAGAAUGCCACAUUUAAAAGAUACAUCAGACUUCUAAGUAAUGGGAAUGUAUAGUAGCUUUUUUAAAAUACUAACCAGUUAUAGAUGAUAUUGAUAUUUCGUAAUAGCCCCUGAAGCUAUAUGAGCUCUUUAAAAAUCAGUUGCUUAUUGUGCCUUCUCACAGACACUUGUAAAUGAAAACCAAUGUCUCAGCAAUGCUUAAAAGUUUGGAUAUUAUUGGCCUGUGUAGCAAAGUGAUGACAGAAUGGAGAUAUUCAAACUAUUUACACUAAUAAAUACAAGUAUACUGUAAAUUAGCAUUUUCUGCUCAAAUUCAGCAUUAAGGCCUGUUCACACCAAGGGCAAAAAAGACAUAGUUUUAAAAAUCAUUCUAAAUCAAGAGCAGAGUCCAUGCCACAAGGACCGAUAUUGUUGGGAUCCACAGCUUAUAAAUGAUAAAAACAUCGACAGUCAAUCAGAAUAGCCUACAUCCUGCUUUAAAGAGCUUGAGCAUUUUAAGAUGCAGGCAACAUAACUGCAGCUUUAAUACAAUAAACACCGUUAACAUUGUGCUUUGGUUAUUCGUUUUUGGUGUGAACAGGCCUUAAUUUUAAAACAUCGUACUUUAAUACCCUCAGCGUGCAGAUAUAAUCCACUUACAGUAGGUUGCAUCAUCCAUGCAUUACAAAGUACAAGUUGACAUACUGUAUGCUUGUGCAACGCAAACCUUUUCUGGUCUGAUUUUACAGUAAAUUGAGGCUUUGCCUCCCCCUAUUGGAGGAAAAGUUUAUUAUUGUUGAAUGAUUCUUAACCAAAUCUGACUCACAAGUUCUUCAAUAAUCAUUGUUUUCCUGCUUUUUAAUGUAAUGACCCCACUGGUCAACUAUCCAGAAAAGAGGGUCGCUUCAUAAUUUGCAUGAAAAAUUCAGUGAUCGCAUGUUUGGAAAUUGCAUUGCAAGACAUGUUUUGUGGUCAUGUGUCAUUCAGCUGCUGUGUAGCCUCUUUUAAACUCUCUAGAAACCUCAAGUAAAACAGAUACAUAUAUUUAUCUUCUCAUCUGACUGCACUUCUUUAUCUAAAUACUUUGAUCAUAAUAGCUGGAGAUUUCAUAUGCAUAGACUGGCAGGGAACUGUCAAAUUGGCCAUAAAUAUAUAUCUACCACUGUGCUGUAUGAAGACAAUGUUGUUUUUGUCUGAUCUUUCCUUUCUUCGGAGUGGGAUGGAUUUCGAUUCUUUAGGUGCAAGCGUGUGAAAGGCAGGAGAGCUUGUAGGUGUGAAUGUGAUCUCAGAGGUGAGUGGGUUGGAAAGGUGUGAGUUACACUCUCAUCAAUGUAGCGUUGUUAUCUUUAAAACAAGUGUGAAUCAGUAGUAUUUAUUUCCUGGCAUAUUUAUUUGACCCUUUUUGUAUAUAGUGUGUCAAUAUGGGUUUAUGAUAUAAUGUGAUUUUUGUCCCCAUCCAUUACCAUGUAAUAUUUUAAUUUCUGCAAGCACUUGUGUAAUUGUUAUAUUUUGCUAAAUGUGUUAAGAAAAAUGUAGCAUAACUGAUUAAUUUACAAUCCUUUGUCCUUUUUCUUUCUUUUUUAUGGGUUUAGUGUGUUGUGCACACAGAAUUGUUGCUUUGGUAUGUUGCAUGUCUUUGCAUGUUCAGGUUGGAUUCCUUCUGUGAAAUCUGCUUUUUGUACAAACUAUUUUUCCUCCUUAUUUUAUCACUGAUUCUCUUGGAGACUGUAUGGCUUCUGUACUUAAAUUCCAUGCUUUCAUUUCAAAUAAACAAAUUAA